UUAACCCAUAAAAACUUUUAUCUCAUAUACCCACUACCACUAGUACCAAACAAAACAUACCCACAAACAAAGAAACAUGAAACAAUCCUUCCAAGCCACUUCACUACUCAUCCUUUUCCUUCUCCAACUUCCAAAUCAUGUAACACUUAGCCGAAAGCUAACCACACCCACACCCACACCCACCCCAUGGCCCGAACAAUUCCACGCACUUUUGUAUAUGAACCUAACCUCAACCCACCUCCAACUGAGCGACCUUUGGUAUGACUGGCCCAAAGGUCGCAACGUUAACAUUUUCCAUAAACAACUUGAUGUAGUGCUAUAUGACAUUGAGUGGAGCAAUGGCACGUCUUUUUACUACACAUUUGGUGAGGACGCGCAAUGUUCGGUGGUGGAUUUUGGUGUUGGGAUACCCCGUCCUGACUUUCUUGAUGGGGCGCGUUAUUUGGGGAGGGUAGUGACAGAUGGAUUCUUGUGUGACUUGUGGGAGAAGGUCGACUUUAUUUGGUAUUAUGAAGAUGUGGUCACUAAGAUACCGGUUCGUUGGGACUUUGUUGGUGGGAUUUCUUCGCACGUGAUGACUUGGGAGGUUGGAGCAGUUUUGCCUGAUUCAGUUGUACAAGCGCCCGAAUAUUGUUUUACGAAGUCUGUGAAUAGGAAAACUUUCUUCGCUUAGGAGGCACGAGCAUGAGUUAUAUCUUCUUUUCUGGUUGUCUUAAAAUUAUUUUUAUUGAGUUUUGGUUAUUUAGUAUUAUUUUAUCUUAUUUAUGCUAUUAGUGUUCACAAAUUUCAAGCUACGUAUUUACUCAUAGUUAUAGAC